AUUUCUCGGUAGCCAACGAUAUUUGUCGGAAUCCAAAUAAGCUAUCUUCAACCGUGACGAAUUAAGUUGAUCUACAUGAUCUACACGAUAUGAUCAGACCAGCAUAUUUCCACUUCCAGAAAUGGAAUGCGAUUCUGGUUAUCACUGAUAAUGAUAACAACGAAAUCAAACACCGUUAUCACGCCUGGAGUGCGUGGUAGGUAGUAUCUCGACGUCAUGUUCGGAUCUUCGAUGCAUCUGGCCAUGCGAUCGUGGCCCCCCAGAGUGAUGGCUCUCGUCGCAUGCAUCUAUCUCUUGUCGUGGUCUAUAAGUUCCUUAUAGUCCGGCAUGAAUACCCUAGCGCGCUCGCCCUGUUGCCAAGUAGGUAUCAUUGUAUAUUGCAUAUCUAGGAAAAAAUACUUCGACCAUCCAAGAUGGCUUCUGAUGCCGUCGUGCCUGUCCUGCCCGAGGGGGCAGGAUACGGGGUAGUUGUCGGUAUUGGUUUCUUCUUCGCUCUCGUCAUGGCUGGUGUUUCUUGGAUGCAGAACAAAUAUACGCAGUACUCAACAAAGACAAGUGAGGAAUUCAAUACGGCCAGUAGAAGUGUGAAGCCCGGCUUGAUCGCUAGCGGUGUUGUUUCGGCAUGGACAUGGGCUGCUACCUUACUUCAAAGCAGUACUGUAGCUUACGAAUAUGGAAUUUCGGGACCAUUCUGGGUAUAUGCCGCAGGAGCAACAGUGCAGAUUUUCAUGUUUUCAGUACUUGCGUGCAAGGUGAAACAGAAUGCUCCUUACUGCCAUACGUACUUGGAGAUAGUCUACCAUCGAUAUGGCAGAGUCACUCACCUUGUCUUCAUCUUCUUUGCCAUGAUGACCAACAUUCUGGUGGCUAGUCAGCUUCUGCUUGGUGGCAGUGCCGUCGUUACAGCCUUAACCGGAAUGAACGUAUAUGCAGCCGUCUUUUUGAUCCCACUGGGUGUCUGCGUCUAUGUUGUUCUUGGCGGUCUUCGAGCUACUUUUCUUUGCGACUACUCUCAUACGGUGAUCUUGAUGAUCAUUAUACUUUAUUUCAUGUUCACAACGUACACAUCCAGUGAUCUGAUCGGAUCACCUACGGAGAUGUACGAGCUCUUGAAGGAAGCUUCCAUAAAGCGGCCCGUGGCUGGUAAUACCGACGGCUCUUACUUGACACUCAAGUCCAACUACGGUCUCAUAUUCGGUGUUAUCCAGCUCUGCUCUGGAAUGGGAACUGUCUUCCUAGACCAAGGCUACUGGCAGAGAGCAAUCGCAAGUCGUCCCUCUAGCGCUGUGCGAGCGUACAUUAUGGGAGGCUUUGCGUGGUUCGCCAUUCCCUUUGGCUUCUCUACAACUCUCGGUCUGGCUGCCGUUGCUCUCACAGAUAACCCUCGUUAUCCGACAUACCCGAACAACAUGACCACAGCGCAGGUAUCAGCUGGUCUCUCUGCUCCAUUUGCAGCAGCCGCGUUGCUAGGAAAGCACGGUGCUGUAGCGUUGCUUAUUACGCUUUUUAUGGCCGUAACGUCCUCAUCUGCGUCUGAGCUCAUUGCGGUGUCAUCUAUCCUUACUUUCGACAUUUACAAAGUCUAUAUCAAACCGUCGGCUACUCCCAAGGAGCUGAUUUUUGUAUCGCACGUCAUGAUCUGCAUUUUUGGUGUUAUCAUGGCAGUUUUCGCAUGCAUCUGGAAUGCCAUCGGUAUCGACCUAGGCUGGCUGUUCCUUGUUAUGGGUCUUCUUAUCGGCGGAGCCGUCUUCCCAGCUGCGUUUACUGUCACCUGGAAAGGUCAGACAAAAGCAGGAGCCAUCUCUGGAGCGAUCUGUGGUCUCAUUGCGGGCCUCACGGCAUGGCUUGCUGAAUGCAAAGUCUACUACGGAGAGCUCAACGUCACCACGACUGGGCAAUCAUACCCAACUCUUGCUGGAAACAUGGCUGCCGUGCUCACCGGCCUACUUGUAUCAGUGGUCGUCUCAGUUAUCAAACCCGACGAUUUCGACUGGGAAAUCACCCGGGCCAUCAACGCUCCAGCUGCUGGCGAGAAUCCCAUCAUAGUCCAGACCGGUGGUGAAGACCCUAACCACAAUCACAAUCUCCAAACUGUGCAAGAUGAAGAAAAGGAGAUGAUCGAAGACGAAGCUGUGGUCGAUGACCCCAAGCGUCUCAGGCGGGCGUUCAUCCUUGCCGUCACGGCGUCGACCGUUCUCUCAUUCAUCAUGGACUUCCUGAUUCCCAUUCCGAUGUUCUUGAGCCACUACGUCUUCUCCAAGGGGUUCUUCAUCGCAUGGGUGGUCAUCUCGUUCAUUUGGGUCUUUGGAGCGGUCGCCUUAUGCGGUAUCUUGCCCAUCUGGGAAACUAGACGGUUCUUUAAGGAAUUGUUUAUCGAGAUCUUUGGAAUAUCCAGCACGAAGCCCAAAUCGGAAAAGACCACACAGGAGAGUGAAUAGGUAGAUAUAUAUAUCUUGAAUGUUCGGUCGGAUAUACUAUGAUUCCAGUAAUAACUUCGAUUAUAACGCGGCGCGAUAUAUUACAGAUAUGAUUGCGUGAGAAAGAAUAGGGUAGAUGUUUUAGAUGAGCUCGUAUACACGUAUCACAGUCAAAAUUAAUUUAUUUUCAUGUCUUCUUGGGAUUUCUAAUAGGAAGCUUGAAUU